CUCCAACUCGCAUCUUCUCUUCCUCUUCCUCUUCCUCUUCUUCCUCUUCCUUCUCCUCUAAAACCCUCCAACAAAACCACCAUCUUCUAGUUCUAUCACCACCACUAGUCGGAGGCACCACCUCUAGCCGGCGUUGUGGGGUUUUCAAUUUGGGGAACUUCCAACCAACUCUCCUUCUCUGCCGCUGCUAUCGUCGGUGUUCACGACAGUGGCCUGAUUAUACGCAUUACUUCUCAAUUCGGAAGUCAGACGGGGGUUAGCUUGUUCUGUUCAUGAUUGCAGGAGUUUGAUGGAAUGUUGUAAGGUUCCAAUUUCUCUGACUGCAGGAGCCAUGGCUUGUUCCAAUCAGCUAUUAACUGUCUUCAAGUGUCCGCAAGGUGUACAUCGAGGGUCUCAUACAGAAAGGUUACAAGUACAAUCUCGGAGUGUUGUCUGUUGGAGGCAAAAGCAUAAAGGAGAUCGAUCAGUGAAAGAAGAGAGAUUUUCACCAAAAAAACCCUAUCGGUUGAAAAAGGAAGGACUUACCCAGAAUGUGGAUCUUCCACCUAUAUUACCGAAGAACAAGAAAAAACCCUAUCCGAUCCCGAUAACAGAGAUCCAGAGGAUGGCAAGGGAAAACAAGAAACUUGCUCAAAUGGGUAUAGAAAAGCCACUUGAACCUCCCGAUAACGGGUUACUAGUCCCUGAACUAAUUCCUGUUGCACACGAAGUUCUGUUUGCUUGGGAGGGUCUGAUUAAAGGUCUUGCACAACUCUUGCACGUAAUUCCAGUCUAUGCGUGUAGCGAGUGCUCUGAAAUCCAUGUUGCUGAGACCGGGCAUCAAAUACAGAACUGCCGGGGCUCAAGCAGCAAUAAGCGUCAAGGUUGUCACUUAUGGGUUAAGGGGUCAAUCAAUGAUGUGCUUAUAGCCAUCGAGUCAUACCAUCUCUUUGACCCUUUUGGCCAACGAAUCAAGCAUGAAACCAGGUUUGACUACGACCGGAUCCCUGCCAUUGUUGAACUCUGUAUCCAAGCUGGUGUUGAUUUACCAGGCUACCCUUCACGCCGGAGAACCAACCCCAUACGAACCAUUGGAAAGAAAGUGAUUGACCGAGGUGGAUACCUCGAGGAUCCUACAGUUAGCCCUAGAGAUACUUCGGCACUGAUAAACUAUGACACACAGGGUGCUCUGUUUCGGUUUCCACCACCAAACCCAUCAGAUUUGUCUGUGAUUGCUCAAGAAACAAUGGAUUCAUAUGAAACUGUUGCAAAGGGUUUGAGGAAGUUGAUGGGGAAGUAUUCUGUGAAAGCUUGUGGAUAUUGCCCGGAAAUUCACGUGGGUCCGUGGGGCCACGAUGCGAAGCUAUGUGGGGAAUUUAAGCAUCAGUGGAGGGAUGGGAAGCAUGGUUGGCAAGAUGCAACAGUUGAUGAAGUAUUCCCGCCGAACUACGUGUGGCACGUUAGAGAUCCUGGUGGGCCGCCUUUGAGGGCUGAGCUUAAGCGGUUUUAUGGGAAGGCGCCUGCUGUUGUUGAAGUUUGCCAGCAAGGCGGUGCCGUGGUUCCUAAGAAGUAUAAACCCAUGAUGAGGCUUGAUAUUGUGCUUCCUGAUAGUGAGGAAGCUGGCCUAGUUGCCUGAUACUGUGACAGUAAAUUAAGAUGUUGUAAAAUUAUCAGUUUUAGGAAGAUGGGUUUGUAAAUAUGUAUAAUAGUAUGUUUCAUAUGAAAAUAUGGAUUGAUCUGCAAAGCUCAAGUUAGAGAUGGUGUGUUCUGUGUUGUAUAUAAUGAUUUUGAAAGCUA